UGAGAUUCUAAAACAUUGCCAGUGCCAUUCCCUUCACACCAUUCUCACAAAACAACUUUCAAACUCUGAGAAAGAAUGGCUGCCAACACAUUGAUGAGUACUGCUAUCUCAGCCUUCCCAUCUCUCCUUUCUUCCUCAAAAUCCAGAUUUGCCACCGCAGUUCCUCUUUCUAGCUUUGGUGUCACCAAUGCCUCUUCUUCUCGCUUUUCUAUGAGUGCUGACUGGAUGCCAGGCCAGCCUAGACCUCCUUACCUUGAUGGUUCAGCACCUGGUGACUUUGGAUUCGACCCUCUUCGUCUUGGUGAAGUACCAGAGAAUCUUGAGAGGUUCAAAGAGUCAGAACUCAUUCACUGCAGAUGGGCCAUGCUUGCUGUUCCAGGGAUUUUGGUUCCAGAGGCAUUGGGCUUAGGCAACUGGGUAAAGGCUCAGGAAUGGGCAGCAGUUCCUGGGGGCCAAGCAACCUACCUAGGCAAUCCAGUUCCAUGGGGCACCCUACCCACCAUUCUGGCCAUUGAAUUCCUUGCUAUUUCCUUUGUGGAGCACCAAAGGAGCAUGGAGAAGGACCCAGAGAAGAAGAAAUACCCUGGUGGUGCUUUUGAUCCUUUGGGAUACUCUAAGGACCCUAAAACAUUCCAUGAAUACAAAGUCAAAGAACUUAAGAAUGGACGUCUUGCUUUGUUGGCUUUUGUGGGAUUCUGUGUUCAACAAUCAGCUUAUCCCGGCACUGGACCUUUGGAGAACUUGGCUGCUCACUUGGCUGACCCAUGGCACAACAACAUUGGAAACAUCAUUAUUCCACAAUCGAUUUUGCCUUGAAAAAAAAAAAUCAAAUAUUUGUUUCAAUAGCUACCUGUAUAAUUCCAUGUAACAUUUUGUAACGAAUCGGGUUGCUACGUUGGUAUCUCUGUGUUGUAAUUAAACUUCGAAUUCAAACUCAUACUCUGGCAACUCGUUGGUAUGACAGAAAAGCUUGAAACAAACUUCCAAGUCCAAGUUUAAAACUUGCAUUACAUGAUUACAUCCAUAUCUAAUGAUGAAUAAAACAUGUUUUGGACCAA